UAAAGAAGAAGAAGGAGAACAGGAAGUGAAAGUAACUAUCCAAUCAGCUCCACGGGACUAGUGUCAUGCGCGGUACAGCUUGGGAUGGCAGUAUGGCGUGUGUGAAGGUUAAUGGUAGUUAAAACGUUAGCACACUUAACUACACUUGGAAUUUAAGUCGAGUUUAGUGUGUUUUGCUCGCGUGUUCCACUAAACGACGGCGUGUACGUCCCUACAGGCUAACUGUUACAGGCAUGGCGGGUCUGUCCAGCUACGCCAUGCGCAUGGCCAGACUGAGCGCGCAGAUCUUCGGGGGGGUCGUGCGUCCGACAGACUCGAGGUCCAUGAAGGUGGUCCAGCUGUUCCAGGAGCCCCCCAUGGCCCAGAGGAAGGGGGUGUACGACUGGUACCCAGAGCACAAGAUUUACUACUCCAUGACCCGGAAGCUCCGCUUCAUGGGACUGUUCAGAGACGAGCAUGAAGACUUCAAGGAGGAGAUGCGUCGCCUGAGGAAACUGAGAGGAAAAGGGAAACCAAAGAAAGGAGAAGGGAAGAGAGCAGGGAAGAAGAAAUGAGCGGUCUCCCCCCCCCUUGUUUUUCUGGAGGCAGACAGCAUUGGACUGUGAACAUGCUGUAUGUGGAUAUCGCUGAUCACCCUGAAAGAAUUCCAUUGGUUUGGUCCGGACUGUACAGUUCCUUUGUUGGAAGCGUUUCGGUGUUGGCAAGAAUAAUACCUUAUGUCAACAGUUCACAUCAAACAUUCUAUGUCAGUUGUGUUGAAGUAAAUUCCAUCCUUAUAUUGAU